UAGGUGAGGUACCAAUUAGAUAAGAUAUAGUUAGAUACUGAAGAUAACAGAUAACAAAAGAUACAUAUGCCAUCCCCAAAGGUUCUUCUCAUCAGUCUCACAAAGGAAACAACUAGAGAUGAAGUUGUUGCUCUUGUUCGCAAUAGUUGUGGCCGUCAGCGCCGGCCCAAUUCCAUCAAGGAGCCCAGUGCCAAAGCACUUGGUGAGCCGUCUUCUACAGCUUGCCGAGAGGGACAGUUAUGAUACUCUGUUGAAGGAUGCUAUAAGGAAAGGAAAGGGUGAUGAGUUCAAAGCUCAGUACAAGAAAGACAAGGCCGAUGAGAAGAAGGAGUACUAUGACGGCAUGCGACAGGCCGUGGCUGCUGGUCAACUCGAUGCCUUCUACAAGAAGGUCAGGGAGAUGCAGACUGAGGAGGCUCAAGGAUAUUGGGACAUCUACAUGAAUGAGCUCCAUGCAUCCAAGGAUAAAACUAGAGAGGAAUUGGACAAAAGAACCGACUGGAAAUCCCAGUUCCACAGGGCCCACAAGGAAGCAAGAAAAUAUGGAAAGAUCACUGAAUUCUGGAAGAUCGUGCGUCAAGGUGGACUCCCACAAGAAGAUGAGGUCGAAAGGCCAAACGUUUUAGAUCAACUUGUCGAGGAACUUUUCACAUCAUUGGUUGAAUCUAUUGAGGAGUCUAUCAAGAAGUCUCAUGAAACUCAAAAACAGAAAGAAGCUGAAGAGAAGAAGCUCAUUGAGGACAUCAACAAGGAAUUCGAGGAACUGCCAGUCGAGAAGCAGAAUGAGUUGUUGGAAAAGAAAGCCCAGAUUGAAAAGGACGAGGCUGACAGAAAGGAUAAGUCUGAGAAAGAUUUUAGAGAAGCGAUGGAUUUAGUGAAGGACAUGUGGGGCAUGCUGAUAAACAUCCUUGUACCAGAGGAGGAAAGGGGAGAGGUGGACGAAGCCAUGAAGAAGGUUGAAAUCAUCAUGGAUGAACUCCUUACCCUCAUUCUGGUUGAAGAGAGUGAAGAAACUGGCGAAGAGAAAGUAAUCACACCAAUCUCUUACUAAAUAUGUUGAUUAUUUAUCACUUUACCGCCAGGGUCAAUAAAGAAAAUCAAAUGA